GCUUUUGGAGCAAAGCAUACCAAAGAACCCUUUACAGUUCUUCACUCUGUUUUAACCAAUGAAGUUCCUCCUCCGAACCAUUUCCGGUCCCAACAGGACACUGCUUCGAGCACUGGGUCGCCGCCAUUUUUCGGAUUUAACUGCAGAGAAAGCCAAACGGAACUACGCUGACAAUGUCUCCGAGUACAACACUGUCCUUACUUCUCUCAAUACCAGACGAAGGCAUUAUCUGUUGAGGGAUGUUUAUGAUGAUAUGGUGCUGGAUGGGGUGCAGCCAACUAGAGAUACUUUCGAGGCUUUGAUUAUGGGAACCAUGAGAGGGUCACGCAUGCAAGACGCUCUCUUUUUCAGAUAUGAAAUGAAGGCCAUGGGAUUAGUCCCUGAGGCCUCUUUGUACAACAUUUUGAUCUCAACCUGUGGGAAAUGCAAGAAUUCUAUUCUUGCUGUUCAGGAUUUUGGAAGAAAUGAAGAGAUACGAUGUGAAGCCAAAUGGACAAACCUAUGUUUGUCUUAUUAAUGCAUGUGCGGCAGCUGGACGAUUGGAUCAA